CGCGAAGGGUUGCUCGGUUCAAAUUUUCCAGCACUGGGCGAGGCGCACAUCGAUGGCAGGGGACAGCCCGUCGUCGCCGCUUGAGGCGGCCUUCGCCGCGGCAUGUGAUGAUCCAGCGCGUCGGGAGAAGUUCGACAUGACGGAGAAGGAGCAGCAAAGUUUCCUCAAGGCUAUGAAAGACCCCGAGUUCCGCACGCUCUUGAACGACUACAUGCAAGAGAUCUCGGACCCGGCCCACCGCGCCGAACAAGAGAUGUACCUUCGCCAGCUUGAAAACGACAACAAGGUGCCAACGGACAAGCAGCUCGUCCUUCCGAAACCCGGGUUUGUUGUCAAGACAAAGUAUAAACAGCGCAAGAUCUUCGUCAACGUGUGCUCGUCCGAGAAGAUGCAGCCACCAUCCAGCACACGCGUCGCGUCGACUCCAUCGACCGCUGGUGGCACGUCGUGGAAUUUGCCUUAUUGUGUCGGGCCGCAGCGCAUGGAGCCUGACAAAGGGGGGCAGUCCAUCGCGACCUACGACGUGUGCUACCAUCCACGUACCGUAUUGCAGGCCAUGCAAAGCGCAGCGUUCAUGAAAAUGCUAAUCAACACGGCGCUGGACGGUGUCGACAAAGUCUACGAGAACAUAGACCCAGACCCGAGCAAAGUUGAACGAGAUUAUCACGUUCUCAAAGGCGUCUCGUAUAAGUCGGGCACUCCAGUCACGAUGUGCCUGACCACACCAAAGCCCACGACCGAUCCGUCCCGCCCAAAGCAACCGACUCGGCGCGCUUCCCUUGAGCCGGCUGUCGUCGCGCAAGCUAAGCCCGAGUCUGCUUCACCGCCGCCCCCGACCACGGCCGAGCCACUCGGGUCGUCUCCACUCAUUCAGGAACUUAGCAGCACCACGACGUCUUCGUCGUCGAAUCCUCGACCGCUUCCAACCAUUGCCUAUCGUAUUACCCAUCGCGGACAGUUUGAUCUGGCGGACCACAUAGACAACCGUGAGGCCAAGGCAUUCCGUCCGCGGGACCUCGUGGUCAAGAUGGCGCUGCCCUCGCACGCUUCAGCUGCAGGCAUCGAUCUUGAUGUGUCGUCGACCGCCGUUCGGGUGACGGCGGCAGGUUACGCGCCGUUGGCGUUCGAGUUGCCGUUUCCAGUGGUCGAAGCCAAGGGAAAAGCCAAGUUCGACAAAGCCACCAAGACGCUUGUGGUCACGUUGCCCGUCGUCGAGCCGUCUGUCCCCGAGCAUGUUCCGUCGGAAGAAAUCAAAACGGGUGAAGAGCCCGCCGUCGAACAAGUCGCGGUGCCACCUCACAACGACACGAUGACCGAGCAUACGGCUGACAGAGUGCGCGAGCACGGCAUGGCUCCAUCCUCUGUGGACCACACCCGAUGGGUUGCCCCGCCGCCGCCGACGGAACACGGCGAGUUUGUAGCGUAUCGCGAGUUUGCCCAGAUGGCCAAGCACGACAAGCCCAACAUCGUGUACCAUCGAGCACGCAGCUCGAUCCACGAAACAAAGACGCAUGUGUCGCAUUUGGUUCACGUCGCUGACGUGGAUGAAGCAUCGCUGUCGACCGUAGACGACGGCACGGCCACUUUGUUUCGAUUCCAAGCUGGAAAGCCCCGCGUGUGGUACGAGUAUUGCGUGCACCACCGCCAUGAGACCGACCAAGGCGACCCGGUCGUCGACUGGACGGUUCACGUCGCCUCGCAAAACGUGGCGAUCGUGUGUCGCAAGGGUGCACCGACGGCCGAGCCUCCGUUUCGAGUGCAUCGUGUGUCUCCAACCGUGAUAUCCGUCCUGGUCGACGUCGCCAACGUCGACCCAGCCGCGGUCACGUCGUCCUUUACCAGCCACGGGUUUGCGUUGGCCUUUCGUCACGACGAUCGAGUCAAGUUGGAACUCGCGCGAUCGUUUCAAGAUGCCAUUGACCCAGACAAGUGUCGCGUUGACGUGGCGCAGGACAACGUGCUGGUCGUGCUGGCCGUGACCAACCCGGACGGCAUCUACUUGGAUGUCGAGUCCAGCCCGCCACGCGUUGCGACGGACGAGGGCGAUAUGGCCGCGCCAACCACGUCAAGUACCUCGCUCGUCGCUUCGACCAGCAAUAACUCUUUGCAAGCGACUGCGAUGGUCGACGAGCCACCGCCGCAACUCGUCCAAGUCCCUCGGUUCUCGAACGAUCUCAUGUACGAGCUCGAUUGAGCCAACGGCGACACCCCGCUUGAAUCGUUUUAAGUACAAAAUCGACGUUGCCCUCGUUCGAUGGCUCGUCACUCGAAUAUAAAUAGAACUACUUAGCAACGGCGCUUGCCAUCGCG